GUCACUUUUAAGGACAAUCCAUAACAGGAUCCGACUGACGGUACUGACAUAUCCAAAUCUGUUGUGUUGUGUUAUUUAGAUAGCUUUGAGUGUCGCUGCUUCGCUAUAGGUCGGUAUAGUUGACUGGUGCCGUGCAAACAGAAUAAACUAGUGUCGAGUUGGCGUUUGGGCUGAUGUGUGACGUCACGUAACCCUGGUGAGAUCCAAGUCAGGAGCCAAACUGUCAUAUUUUCUCAGGAUGCUGACUGACGUCCUCAUUCUGACGCUGGGCAUUACCCUGGCCUUUGGAAAUACGGUCAAUAUGUCCGGCUCACUUCCCGUGAGGCUGGUGGACGGGGGGAUGUGCUCCGGAAGGGUGGAGGUGUACCGCGACCACCAGUGGGGGGCGGUGUGCUGGCACGGCUGGGGCCUGCGGGAGGCCGGCGUGGUGUGCCGGGAGCUGGGGUGCGGCUCGGCCACGGGGGCGAGCCACGGCGCCGCGCCGGGGGGGCGCCGCGGGGUCGUCUGGCACGCCGACGUCCAGUGCUCGGGCCAGGAGGAGGAGCUGGCCCAGUGCCGCGUCCUCGGCGUCUGGAGAGCGGCGGAGGACGGCGGCUGCGCUUACCGCCACACCGCGGCGGCCAGGUGCUCAGAGGAGCUGCACACGCCUGAAAUCUGGUACAACGUGUCUGUGGCGGCGCCGCCGUCCCGCGUGGUGCGGGGCCACGGCUUCAACGUGACGUGCUCCGUCCCGCACCGGUACGCCGGCAGCUCCGUCCAGCUGCGGCUGGUCCGCUCCAACGGCACGGUGCGCCAGGAGGUGCCCGCCCGCGGCCCGUCCGUCACCUUCGCCUUCGCCAGCGCGCAGGCCUCCCACGAGGGCUACUACUACUGCCUGUACCGCGUCCGGCUCGGGGGGCAGGUCUUCGCCUCCCGCGAGAGCCAGCCCCUCCCCCUCAUCCUGGCAGAGCCGGAGCCGUUGCUGAGCGCCAUGGAGCUGAGCUGGCUGGUGUCUGCGGUCAUCUUCGUGGUGGCGGUGCUGGCGAUCGUGGCGGUGGCGUGCAGUCUGCGGAAGAGGAGGCGGCACCGCAGCGAGCUGGAGAGACGCAGCAGGACCUGUGUGGAGAACACGUACACGGCCUUGCCAGUGAAGUAAGGGAAGGACCAGGCAGGCAGAAGCUCCACAGCAUUAUACCACCAACAUGUUACCGUCCUGUGACCCUGGGUUCAGUAAGUAUGGUGACUGUGAGUUCACCAAACGUGUAGAAACGCUCAUGGCAUGCCUGUGUGUGACUGUUCCACCAUAGAUCCCAGUCUGGUGUGAGGACCAAUGGGGCUGCAGGGUUGUGUGAUCCCGUAACCCAUACUGAACUGUUAGCGGGCCAGGAUGGAAGAGGACUACAAUUCCCAUAAUGCACCUCUCUCCGCCUAGGAUGGAAAGAGGAACAGAACGUCCUCACAUUGGAAAUGACUAUGGAUGGACAAGGAAGAAAGAAAGUCCAUUGUUACCAGUGCUAAAAGGCUGCACCGAUCACUGAGCACAAAGCACAGUUUUGUCAGUGACUUCGGUUUUUCCGAGAAGAAACGGGAAGCUUGUUGCACUCCCGCCAGCCACUCGGCCCGGUAUUAGCCCAGCACAGCGGCUAACCCGGGACAAUAAAGGACUGCGGUUCCGCUGCGGCACCGCGUUAGGACGCAGAAGCACUCCUAGUGACGGGUGCUCCGCUGCGGACGUUUGCCCCAACAACACUCCUCCCUGGGACGGGAUCUUUAAACCCUGGGUCCGCACACCGGCGAAGACCGAAACCAUCGUUCUUAUUUAUUUUAUUAAACAGUGUGACAAACCUUUUCAUCAUUACACUUCAUGAACUUUUUAUGCAUGGGUAAAUGUGUGUGUUUUGUGUGCUUAACUUCAGACCUGAGGCGUAUUGGGCCAUACAGUUCUUUCUUUCAAGUGCUACGUGGUCUCUGAGCUCUUUGGAUUUUGUUUUAAUCUAGUUUUUUGAACACCAGUGAACAGAUUAAUUUGAAAACAGUCCAAAUGUAACAGUCUUCAGUUUUGUGCAGAGAUAACCUUAUUAUCUUGUUACUAAAAUGUUUUAUUUUCAAUUUUAAAAAUCUGAAAUUUUCUUUCCAUUCACUGAGCAUAUGUCCAUAUCCAAGAAAAUCUGCAUACUGUUACCUAGGUCUGAACAACCUACACUCCUGGGCAUUUUGGGUCGUGCCCAAAAUGGCAAAAUAUUAAGCUUGUAAUGGUCUUAACAACAAAUCAUUGGAAAAUUAGCAAGAAUUAAGCAAAUGCACUCCUGAGACCUCUUGUGCCACCAUUUGCUCGUUUACUUUAGCUGCAGUGAACUGUUUGGGGAAAAGCUGGAAACAGGGAAAUUCACUUAUAUAGUCUUCUUGUACGCAAAGGUAAAAUCAUGAUAAUGAUUAAAAUGUUUGAUGUAAAAUUCAAACUAACACAUGUCUGGGUGUACAACAUUUUCCAAAAAUAUCUUCCGGGAUGUUUUUCUUCAUAAAAGAUUAGUCAUUAUUUGGUUAUCUGCCACACCUGAUGCAGCCCAUCAAGGGCCUGAUAACAAGCUCAUAAAUGGAACCAGGAUUGAUAGAGCAGGGACAGAUCUACAGUAUGCAGCGUUGUGAGUCCCACGGUAAAAAAAAAAAAAAAAGAAGCUAAAUAUGCAAGGGUUGCUCUCAGAAACCACAUAGCUGGUCUUCGUCAGGCCGACUGUAGCUAUUAUGAAAUUUGCAAGACCCUAAAGGCAGAGGAAAUCCCUAUUUCUCUAUUAGCUAUUAAGAGAAUAGGUCAACGCUUCGAAACAACAGGUAAUGUUGCCAGAAAGAAAGGAUCUGGAAGGCCCAAAGCCUGAUCAUGCAGGGAUGAGCACCUGCUGAAAUUUACAGUUCUCAAAGACAGGAGAAAAAAAAAGCCUACAAAAACUGUCAGCAGAAUUCAAGACCUCAGAAAACAAGACUCUUUUGAGAAGAACAAUAACCAGAAGGUCAUCUAAUGCAGGUUUUGUGUCUAGAAGAUGUGUUAAAAAGCCAUUUCUGUCUCAGAAAAACAUCAAAGACAGAAUUAAGUUUUUGGCAGAAUAUGGAAAGUUCGAUUCAGAGUGGUUCAGCAGAGUUAUGUGGAGUGAUGAAUCAUGAUUUGAAUUGCAUGGUGAUGCUCCAGAUAGGUGUCUUUGAAGAUCUGGUGAAAAAUACAAUAGUGAAUGCAUCUCUACCACAGUUAAGCAUGGAGGAAGAGGUGUUAUGGUGUAGGGAGCCUUUUCAGCUGCUGGUACUGGUGAGCUGCUUCACUGUGAAAAGUCAAUUAAUGCUUUGGAAUGCAGGAGAAUAUUGCAGAAAGGCUUGCUUCCCACAAUUGAAAAGUUGUUUUCUAAAGAGGAACGAUCAGAUGGUAUUUUUCAACAGGACAAUGCUCCUGCCCACACUGCAAAGACCACCAAAAAGUGGCUUGAGAACAAGUCCAUCAGGCUCAUGUUUUGGCCUGGUCAGAGUCCAGAUUUGAACCCUAUAGAGAAUAUUUUGUCUCACAUUAAACACAAACUAACCGGGAAACAUUUUUCAACUACUCAUCAACUGUUUGAAGCCAUCAACAUUGAAUGGAACAACAUUGACUCUUCUUUCUGUAAAAAGCUGCCCACAAGUUUACCCACAAAACUUAAACUAGAAAGCAAAGGGAAAAGCUAUCCCAUACUAAGUUACUUUAUCUACUUGUUUAAUUCUUGCUAAUUUCCUGAGCAAUGAUUUGUUGUUAAGACCAUUAAAAGCUUAAUAUUUUGCCAAUUUGGGCUUGGCCCAUUUUUUUUGCCCAGGAGUGUACACCUGGAUGUUUGUCAAAGCAGCACGGGUACCCAACAGUGCCACGGGAUGCAUAGGCUGGGACACAAUUUCAAACCGCCUUAACUAUGAGGGUUUCUGGUUUCCCGCGACAACCGUCAUAACUGAGGGCAUGUAGUAUGAAAACGUGAAUGCGUUAAAAGUGCUUGUCCCCUUGGGAUCAUUAUAUGCAGGGCCGUGCACAGACAUUUUGGGGGGCAGGGGCUCAAUUG